UACCGUCUCUGAAGGGGGAAGCAGUUCUCAGCGCACCGCAUGAAGGAAACUGCAGUGUGAUGAGAAGAGAUGGAUGACCAGGGCUGCCCGAGAUGCAAGACCACGAAAUACCGCAACCCUUCCCUGAAGCUGAUGGUGAAUGUGUGCGGCCAUACACUAUGUGAAAGUUGUGUCGAGCUUCUCUUUGUCCGUGGUUCCGGCACUUGUCAGGAAUGCAAUACUCCUCUCAGAAAAAGCAACUUUCGAGUUCAGCUGUUUGAAGACCCCACUAUUGAUAAGGAAGUGGAGAUCCGCAAGAAGAUAAUAAAAAUAUAUAAUAAGCGUGAAGAAGACUUUCCAUCUCUGAGAGAUUACAAUGAUUUUUUGGAAGAAAUUGAGGAAAUAGUAUUUAAUCUAACUAACAAUGUGGAUUUGGACAACACAAAAAGAAAAAUAGACCAAUACCAAAAACUAAACAAGGACACAAUUCAAAAAAACAAGAUAAAAAUGACCAGGGAGCAGGAAGAGUUAGAGGUGGCGCUGGAAUCGGAGAGACAGGAAAAUGAGCAGCGGAGGAUCCUUCUACAGAAAGAGGAACAUCUUCAGCAGAUGAUGAAAAGGAAGAAUAAGCAGGAGCUGUUGGAUCAGCUGGAAACAUCUCACCUUCCUGCCUCUAUCCUCCUGGCCCAACACAAAGGCAAAACCACUCAGAUUGAAGUGCAGCUGGAGAAGUCGAGACCAGCAGUGACAUUUUCUACUGGCAUCAAGAUGGGUCAGCAUGUUUCCUCUGCGUCCGUUCCCAAACUGGAAGAAUCCUUAUAUCAAUAUCAACCUCUUCACAUAGAAAUGUAUGGCCCAGCUGUCCCUCAAAUAGAACUGCUGAGUAGAUUGGGGUAUCUAAACCAUGUACGGGCUGCUUCCCCACAGGAUCUCGCCGGAGGCUAUACUUCCUCUCUCGCAUGCCAUAGGGCGCUGCAGGACGCCUUCAGUGGGUUGUUCUGGCAGCCACAAUAGCUCAAGUGCCGCAAUCCGGACACAACGGACCUCUGGCCCGGGCCCAGCACCUAACACAAGCGAAUCUGGUAAAAUGACUGCCGUCUGCACCAUACCUAGACUCUUUAAUAAAGACAGCUGUGUUCAGGGGGAAGGGGGUCCUGCAUUUUGUUUUUUUUCUGCUCUUGUGGCACAGCUCGGAGCAACUGAAACAACAAGUCACGUCUGAUGGAAGCAAUGAAUAAAUCCAUUUAUAUCAGGGGGAUUUCUCUUACCAAGUUGUAAAUUUUCUGUUUAUUUUUAAAUAAAGCCGAGUUUUAUUAGUUUUGUGGUUUUCCGUU